GAGUGGGCGGGGCAUCGGCUCACGGUGGGCCCCGCCCCCGGGGCGUUUCUGGAUCUGCCAGACCUAACUUGGUCUUCGGGUUUGGAUCCUUAGUGCUUCCCCGGCGUAACGCGGAGCGUGGGUGCCUCCUGCCUGUUCUUCAUAAAUGUUUCCAGGAUUUUGGGGAAAAGCUUACGGUGCUGGGGACGCUUAGAAGAUGAGAUGUUUUCCUCCUACUGGGCUGGAAAGGGUUUGAGUCAGAAGCUGCCGUUGCUAGCGGUGGAGACGAGAGGGGGCGCUGGGACCUGGGCGGGGGUCGGUGUAGACCGUGGCUCCCCGCCGGGGAUAAGCUGCAACCCAGACAGGGAGAACGGCUCGUUUAGGUGAUGGAGGACUGGAGACGUCUGUCCAGGGGACACGAGCUGGAAGGGGACGUGCAAACCGUGCCCGUGCGGAAUGUGAAGCUUUAUACCCACUUGCACCAGAGCACAGCUUCUGUUCUUCACCACCCGCAGGGCAGAUGAGCAACCAGGGGCUUCAGGUCCAGCAGCUUUAAAGGGAAAAGGAUAGGUGGGUGGGUGGAGAGGAAUCUGAUAAUUUAGCUCACUAAUCUAUUGCUUUAAAACAUCAAUUAGGGGCACCUGGGUGGCUGGUGGGUUGAGCGUGGGACUUGUGAUUUCAGCUCAGGUCAUGAUCUCAUGGAUCCUGAGAUUGAGCCCCUCGUAGGGCUCAGGGCUCAGCGGGGAGUCUGCUUGAGAGUCUUUCCCUCUGCCCCUCCUCCAACACACGCUCCCUCCUCUAACAUAAAGAAAUCUUUUUAAAAAAUCAAUUAAAAAAAGAUAUUAGUUUCUUGGUUCAUCUACAGUGUGUUGAUCUAUUUUUUUUUUUUUUUAAGAUUUUUAUUUAUUUGACAGAGAGAGACACAGCGAGAGAGGGAACACAAGCAGGGGGAGCGGGAGAGGGAGAAGCAGGCUUCCCGCUGAGCAGGGAGCCCGAUGCGGGGCUCGAUCCCAGGAUUUUGGGAUCAUGACUCCAGCUGAAGGCAGACGCUUAACCGACUGAGCCACCCAGGUGCCCCGCCUUUGAUAUCUUGACUGCAGUUAAAGGAGGUCCAGAAUUAGAUGAAUGUCUUCUAAUGGUACCCAGUGGCUAUUUGGCUUUAAUUUGUGUCCAUGGCUUCCCUCAGGCUGGAUAAGCCACUGUACUCUGGGUUUUGCCUGGAUGCACAGAGCAUUAUUAAAACCAUUACCAACCCAGCCAACCUUCUAAAUGUAUUUUUAUUUCUUUAAUUAAUUAAUUUAUUUGACAGAGAGCACAAGCAGGGGGAGCAGGAGAGGGGGAAGCAGGCUCCCCGCUGAGCAGGGAGCCUGAUGUGGGGCUCCAUCUCAGGACCCUUAGGUCAUGACCCAAGCCAAAGGCAGAUGCUCUAACAACUGAGCCACCCAGGCACUCCUAAGCUUAUGAAUUUAAAACAAUCGUGAACACAUUCUUUGUCUCAUAGGUAUGGCCACCUAAUUUUUUUUUCCCUCUUUGGGACUGGAGGUUGUUUGACACAUGAAAGCUCUUAAUAAAUACACAACCAAAGCCCUGAAUGACACUCAAAUAGCAUUUCUCUACUAAAUACUGAAGUAACACAAAUGUAUAAAGCAAUUUUACAAAAUAGAGAAGCGUAAGAUGUUGUAAUUGCUGCACAAAUCACAAAAACAAAAUGCUGUGUAUACAGUCCAGAUGACCACAAAAGUAUUUCUGGGUUUCUAACAGACAUGGACACUCAAAUUGGCACUUUAAACAAUCCCUCUCUUUCCUUUAAUGCUUAGGUAAGCUCCUGGAGUCAGAAGAUUUUUGUCAACUAUCAAAGGACUCUUACUGGGCAUUUUGUUUUGUUAUUCUAAUCAUGUUUUGCUGUUUUCUCCCAUGUCUCCCCACUUGGUGCCAAGACUCCUUAACUGUCAUAACUUCAAGCCCACAGAUGGCCCUUUCCACUCAGGAUAUCUACACAUGCAGUCUCCCUUGGAUUCAGCUGCCUCUGUUUUCAUAACUCAUAUCUAUAUAAGCCCCAACUGACCAACGUUGACCCAUAGGUAGGGAUAUCUCUGUGUACCUAUUCAGCAGGAAGAAGUUACAAAAGAUGAGAACUUGCACUCUCAGCAACCUCAAAGAUUUAAGGGUCGAGAAACUGUUGGGGGGGAGUGGCGGGAAUGAUGUGGGAAAAAAGGCAGAAGAAAAAUUACUAUAUUUCCUUACUAUCUACAGCCCAUUGACAAGUCCUUGAAACAGGAAGAGUGACCUUCCUCCAGGGACUCAACUGCCUCCAACUUAAUACUUUGCCAAGGGCAAAGGCAAUCUUAUCCCAGCCCCCAGGAUCCUCUAAGUCUCCUUUAACAUAUAAAAACUCCGUUGGAAACUUCCUUUAUCUCUACCUGGCAAAAUACAUGUUGGCAAUCAACCUCCGAACAUAGGACCCCCCAAUAUACAUCUGAAGGAUCUCAUGACUGAGUUUUUACUAAACAGUAAUAAAUGACCUUUCCUAAAAAUAGGGGCGCCUGAGUGGCUCAGUUGGUUAAGCGACUGCCUUCAGCUCAGGUCAUGAUCCUGGAGUCCCUGGAUCGAGUCCCGCAUCGGGUUCCCUAUUCAGCAGGGAAUCUGCUUCUCCCUCUGACCCUCCCAACCCUCCCCCCUCUCAUAUGCUCUCUCUCUCAGUCUCUCUCUCUCAAAUAAAUAAAUAAAAUCUUUAAAAAAAAAAAAAAUACCUAGCUCCCUCAAGGUCCUGGAAACCCUGUUUCCAAAAUACCUGGGAGGCUUAAGCUAUCCUUAACCCCCUCCCAACUCCAAAGUAUAUAAUGGGCCACUCUUCAUGGCCCCAGUGCAGCUCUUUUUCUGCCCACAGGUCCUGUCCUGCUUUAACAAAACCACCUUUUUGCACCAAAGACCUCUCAAGAAUUCUUUCUUGGCUAUCAUUUUGAACCCUAAUGUCUUUUCUACAUCAUCUAUUAAGAAGAGAGAUGAUACCAGAAAUUAACUUUUCAGAUCAUAAAGAGUUGCCUGCAUGGAGUGAUUUUAUUUAUUUGCGAGAGAGAGAAUGAGAGACAGAGAGCAUGAGAGGUAGGAGGAUCAGAGGGAGAAGCAGACUCCCUGCCGGGCAGGGAGCCCGAUGCGGGACUCGAUCCCAGGACUCCAGGAUCAUGACCUGAGCCGAAGGCAGUCGCUCAACCAACUGAGCCACCCAGGCGCCCCGAGGAAUUCUCAUAUCUUGCUGAUGGGACUGCUGACAUUCAGGGAUGUGGCCAUAGAAUUCUCUCAGGAGGAGUGGGGAUGCCUGACCCACACUCAGCGGGAAUCGUACAGGGAUGUGAUGUUAGAAAACUACAGACACCUCCUCUUCUUGGGUCUCAUUGUGUCAAAGCCAGACCUGAUCAUCUUUUUGGAGCAAGAGAAGCAGCUCUGGGAUGUGAAGAGAAAGGAGACAGUAACCUUCCAUCCAGGAGAGGUAGGAGUUUACUCACAGUGUUGCCAUGGAGUGUCAGAGGGUGAACAGCUGUUGUGAGAAAGUGUCACAAAUGCUCGCUGUCUCCGAUGUGCCUCUUGUUCAUUUGUAUUGUCUGGAGAUGCUGUGUUCUCCUAACUGACUUCUGGAACAUUCUAAAAGGUAAUUUGGUCCAUUUUUGUCUCCAUGGGGGAGCAAAGUCCUGGUGGUUCCUAUUUCUCCAUUCUGUUGCUGUCCUAGGAUGGCUAUUAAUUUGGUAUGCAUGUGAAUGUAGUAAGUGAGAUAUCUUGUUUUUCAUCUGUUCAUGGUGUCUUUCUUUAACACCCCAAGCUUGUUGGCAAAGACCAGCAAAGAAGAUUGACUGCAUAGAGUGAUAGGGGAAGAUGUGGCAGCAGUGGACCUGAGUAUUUAUACUUAA